AUAGAACCGACAAAUGAUAAUGAACUGACAGUGGAAUGGUAUCACAAUGGUUAUCCUCUCGCAAAUGGUCAUCGUUUCCGGAAAACGCAUGAUUUCGGCUAUGUAUCACUGGAUAUACUUUAUGCUUUCCCGGAAGAUAGCGGGGAGUGGACAUGUGUGGCCACUAACAGCCUGGGUGAGGCACAGUCUUCGGCCUCUUUCAAUGUUAUCGGCAACAAAGUCAUAUACGAUGAAAGUCAACAUCCAGAAAGUUUGCAUCGAAUCCAGCAAAUUGAAGCACCAAAAGAGCUACCACCAGAGCCCGUUGAACUAAAGCCGCUAGCUCCUCAGUUUAUAUCACCGCUGCAAACCAUCGAACGAAUCGAAGGACAACCGGCUCACUUUGAAACAAGAGUAACGCCAAUCAACGACCCACAGAUGAGGGUACAGUGGUUCAAAGAUGGCGCUCCGCUCCUCAACAGCAACCGAUUCCAUCAUACUUCGGACUUUGGCUUCAUUGGGCUGGAUAUUGCAUACACUGUUCCCGAAGAUUCGGGCGUUUAUACUGUUGUUGCAGCAAAUGAACAGGGACAGGAUCAAGCUGAAGGAUAUCUGGGUGUUGAAUCGAAAUCUGCUAUUAUUGGUGAUACGCAACACGAAGAGAGCUGGAAAAGGAUUCAGGAGCUGGAGCAACCAAAAGAGAAACUGGAGGAAGCACCGGAUCUUGAGCAUGGACCACCACAUUUUGUACAACAAUUGAACUCCAAUGAUGAUCUUAUUGAGGGGCAGCCAGCACAUUUCGAAGCAAAAUAUGAGCCAAUUAAAGAUCCAAAAGUGGCCGUUUUAUGGUUCCAUAAUGGCCGUCCGUUGGCCGCAAGCAGCCGUAUAGCAAUGAGGAAUGAGUUCGGAUUGGUAACACUCGACAUACAUUACGUUUUGCCGGAGGAUGUGGGCGAAUUUUGUUGUUUGGCAAGAAAUGCAGCCGGAGAAGAUCAAACAACCGGUAGUUUACACUGUCAGAGUCGAGCAAGCAUUCUUGGAGAUGUGCAACAUCCAGAAAGCUGGAAGCGAAUACAGGCAUGCUUUUUUCUCUCGUAUUGA